GCUAUUUGUAUUAAGGUAGGUUUCCUUUCACUUCAGUUACAGGUAGGAAGUUGUAAAUAUGAAAGGAACUAUGCGACAAACAUCCUCUGAUUGGUUAUAUGACGCCUGGACCAUAUGAGAUGAGCUGCUCAUGGAGAACUACGCUGAUGGAUUUUCACUCGAUGCUGGUGGGAGAUUAAUUUGACAAGUGCGCUGCAUCCUCAUCAGGCUAUGAUUCAUUUUGGGAACAUCUGACAUGGCAAGGAUACCAUCCAUCCUCGCGAAAACCAUGCUUUUCAACAUACUGGCAUUGAUUCUCUUACAAGGUGUCUUGACGUCCGAUGCCUUGGUCAUAUCCGACGUCAACCCCGGAGGUCUCCCACGCUCCAGCAGGGUGUCUGGCUCCGGGGAAUCCAGGGGUUUACAGCUGUCUGAGGCAGCGGAGGCUAAGUCCAGACCCAAGCGCUGCACUUGUUAUUCCUACAAGGAUAAAGAGUGCGUCUACUACUGCCACUUGGAUAUCAUCUGGAUCAACACUCCCGAACGGACAGUGCCCUAUGGAAUGUCGAGCUACACCGGACCUCAGCGAAUCAGACGUGAUGCUGGUAGACAAGUAGCUGAACGUGAGGGGGCGAAGACUCAGCGCUGCGUUUGUUUUGUGCUUGAUUCAGACCCUGAGUGCCAUGCUUUUUGUCUGUCAAGCCUCCUGCAGACAGUGCCAAUCCGGAGUCUCCACAGAGUCCCUGGUCCUGGAUGACCGUUUGACCCGUCUCCGUGUUCUGUUCUUCUCUUCGGGGGCAUGGACCCUUCCCUCCUCUACAGCCCCUUCACUCUCCGUUUGGCACUCUUGCCUCCACAGGUACGCUCACAUUCAAGGAGAAAGAGCUUUGGAGUUUGACACUGCCGACAUUCCUCAGCAUCGUAACUCUUGGAGCAAGUUCCAUCAGGCCGAGUGGUUUCAAGAACUCUUCAGCAAAUUCGAUACAGAUCCCUGGAGGCUAUCCCCUUUUUAUUCCCCCUUAAUAGCAGCAUGAGGAUUACUUUCACCAUAACAUAAUAGCCAAUGACCUUGCUUCUGUCAAGCUUGAUCAGAAAAACCCUUUGUAUUCACACCUGGUAACAGAGUGUUGUGGACUACACUUGACUAUCCAUUUCAACAAUGGGAUCAGCUUGUAUCAGUAUAUGAUAUGAGGGACAACAAAGACAUUUCUACAAAAAUAUUGGAAAGCAAAAAGUGCCAUGAGGAGUCACAGAAAGUAGGAGCGAGGCAUAAUAUUAUGAUAUCUUGCUUUUAAAAAUAUCAAAACAUGCCAACAAAAAUGGGGAAAGCUUUUGACUUCCUGUGUUAUGGGGCAUAUCACUGGGCUUUGGAAUAUGAGAAUAUUUAAAGUCACUCUGGAAAGCAUUCACACCCUGACGGUUUGCAUAUUUUGCUCAUUUCACGUGUUUUCAGUAAGAUUAUUUGUGCUCUUUGCAACUGAUCAGUUAUAUCCAUUGUGCUUUUAUUUCAACGCCAUUGGCUAACAUUGACUCUGUACAAACUUUAUGACGGCUUUAGCUGGAGUGAAUUUUAUAAUGAAUCAUCCAUUGUUGAACCUAAUUAGUCCACAUGCUCCAGUGGAGCUAAUAACAACAAAGGGAAACUUUUUGUUCUCAUUAAUUGAUAGGAGCGAAGAGUAAGUUUGACCUUAUUCUAUAUUUUUCUCAUUGUCAACAAAUCCCAUGAAAAAGACCAGAACCAGCAAUGAAUUAAUUCCACUAACAAGUAUUGCCUGUGUUGAUAACACCUGAUCUUGUGAUAUCGUCUUCCCCUCUGUCAUUGUUUUCCAU